AUGAUGUUACGCAGCACUUUCAGAUUUGCCAGACCAGCAACCAGAUCCCUAUGGACAUCCCGUGUACUAUUCAACAGUAAGCCAGUGACCAAGACCGCACAGUCGUUAGCAGACGUCAACGGUCCAGAGAGUUUGCUGGGUCCAGGUGGUAAAGAAGGUGAGAUUCCAACUGAACUGGAACAAGCUACCGGUCUAGCCAGAUUGGAACUUUUGGGUAAGCUAGAAGGUAUUGAUGUCUUCGACACCAAGCCAUUAGACGCCUCCAGGAAAGGUACCAUGCAAGACCCAAUCGUGGUCGACUCAUAUGACGACUACCGUUACGUCGGCUGCACAGGUUCCCCAGCUGGUUCCCACACAAUCAUGUGGUUGAAGCCAACCGUGAAUCAAGUAGCAAGAUGCUGGGAAUGUGGCUCCGUCUACAAGUUGAACCCAGUCGGUGUCCCUAACGAGCACGACCACCACUAA